CUCUCUCUCUCUCUCUCUCUCUCUCUCUCCUUUUCUUGCUCCCUAGCUUUCUCUGUCCAUCUCUCUCUAACAUAUUAAUUCGUCCUCUUCAUAAACUCCGGCUCUUGCUUGAUUUAAACAAAGUCGAGCUUCCACUUAUCUCCUUCCUCUUGGAGGCUACCUGUCUACAUGCCCUCCUUUCUGUCUCUUGGACCCAUACAUACACGCCUUUCUCCUAUAUUUUAAAGGAAAAAAAAAGGGAAAAAAAUAGAACUAAGCAAAUUAAGGCUUCGUCGAAAGAUUGACGUAUUAGUGGGCCACUCCCUCUCUGGUGCAAUACCCAAUAGCUGGCUGAUUAGGAAAAAAAAUUUCAAUACCAGCUUAUAAUAUCGACAGAUUUAUCUGUCGAGUGAAGAGCUAGCGAUGUGCGACUCCUUCUGGCAAAGGAUGGAGGCCGACCAACGCGGAGACCUUGCGGACAUAGUGCGUGCGGGCGGUCUCACCACAACCCCGAGCCCCGAGUUCCUUCUCACCAGUUGCGGGCCAAUGCCAUCGUUCAGGACAUCAUCGUCAUCAACCGACGCCGACCGGCCCAUGAAUAAUUUUGGCGACCCCUUCGCCAACCUCGGGGACCCUCUGCUCAACAAAUCGACCGGCACGGGCUUCUUCGAUGUACAAGAGACCGCGACGGCGGUGGAGACUGUCGGGGAUUUAGGUCAGAAGUUUGAUCUGAUAGGCGAGAAAAUAGACAAGCAGCCGUGCAACAUAUUCUCGCGGGUGCUUCAGAUCUCUCCGGCGGGUCCCAAUGCGUGGGGUCUGUCGCCGACGGCGAUCAAGCCUUCUCCUUCAAUGCCCGGCGGCAUGGUGAAGUUGGGGGAAGGGUUGGUCGGCGGUGCGGCAGACAGCAUGGCUGGGAUGCAGAUCUCUCCGCCGCAUAGUUCGGGUAUCAAAAGAAGGAAAAACCAGGCAAAGAAGGUGGUGUGCAUUCCAGCCCCGGCGGCAGCGAAUGGAAGGCCGAACGGAGAGGUCGUUCCCUCUGAUCUAUGGGCUUGGAGGAAAUACGGACAAAAACCAAUCAAGGGUUCUCCCUACCCGAGGGGUUAUUACAGAUGUAGCAGCUCAAAAGGAUGCUCUGCCAGAAAGCAAGUCGAGCGUAGCCGAACUGAUCCCAAUAUGCUAGUAAUAACAUACACAUCUGAGCACAACCAUCCAUGGCCGACACAACGGAAUGCGCUUGCCGGAUCGACACGAUCCCAGACAACAAAGAGCAGCUAUUCAGGUUCAAAUAGCUCUCCUCGAAGCCAAAAACAAUCACAAGCACUUAAAGAAGCUACGGAUUCAACAAGCUCAAGUAACAUUAAUCCUCCAGCAAAAGAAGAGGUGGUAGAGAACGAGAAGCCAAUUGAUGCAGCUGAAUAUGAUGAAUUCGAUACAAUAUCUCACCGUGGAUACAAUCCCAUGAUAUCCGAAUCAAGCCACUCCGAUGACUUCUUCGCGGAUUUGGCUGAAUUGGAGCCCGAUCCAAUGAGCCUCAUCUUCUCCAAAGAACUUUCGGAAGCGAAACCUGAUGAGGAGAGGGGAGAUAACGCUAUGGAUCCAUUUGACAUGUUUGGCUGGGCGCGGGAUUAAAGCAUUUGGAGAAGCAAAAGGAGGUUUACAGCAAGACCUUGGAACAUCACAUCAAAUGCCUUGGAAAUUAAGUUUAGAAGGAACAUUAUUUCUUCAUUGUAUUGUGUAAGGAUGCAAUUAUAGAUGUUCAAGGUCUAGCUGUAAACCUUUUGAGCUAGGUUUCAGAUUUGAAUAUCUCUUGGAAGUGGAGGUUUGUUUGUUAAACCAUUUUCUUGUUAUUUAACA